GGUGAGGGCGGCGGAGUGCCGGCGGUCGGUGCGCUGCGGGGGCGGCUGCAGUGCGCGUGUGUCGGUGCGUGUGCGGUGUGCGGUGCACGAUGGCGAGCUGCUGAGCCGCCUGACGGGCCUCAGAUGCCGUCGGAGAUGGUGACGCGACGGACCGCACCGCCGCUCGUGCUGGUGCUCGUGUUAGUGCUGGUGCUUGGAGCGAGCGUCAACGUCGCGAGAGGUACCAUCUUGAACGACUUCAUCCGCCACUACGAGCUCAUCGAGUACGACGCGUCGGCGCUGGCGGCUCAGCACCGGCGCGUGCGGCGCAGCAUCGAGCCCAGCCCGGACGUGCAGCUGCGGUUCCGCACCGGUGCCAG